CAAUUCCCAGACUUUAUGAGCAUGCUUCAAAACGGGGAGGGAGGAGAGGAGUUGGCUUUGGUGAGACUUUUGUCUCCUCCUACUGCCUUAUGUUCUUUAGUUACUGUGGCUGCCUGCAAGAGUUCAGUCAGUCCUUUUUAUGCUUCUCAGGAUCUGUCAUCCAGUGUAGUCCAGUCAGCUCUGCAGGACCCCCUCAGCAUGCCUGACAGUGAAGAAAGCCUCAGGAAGAAAGCCCUGGAUGGAAGUUUAGGGAAGACUCCAGAAGGCUUCGAAACCAGCAUCCUGCCUGACCAUCAGCAAAUCUCCAAAGAGUCCCUCAACAAUGCCUUGGAUCACCUGUACCUGGAGAGAGCAGAGGAUAAAGAGGAAGUCUCUGCAGAGUCCCUGUGGACCACAUCCGCUGAUGGGUUGGUCAAGAUCCGGAUGGACCACACCUGCUCACAGACCCCAAAGACCGUGCACCAGGUGUUCCUCGAAAGUCUGGAGAAGUAUGGCAAUCUGAAUGCCCUGAGCAGCAAACGGGAUGGAAAAUGGGAGAGGAUCACCUAUUCUCAGUACUACCUUCUCUCCCGAAAAGCUGCCAAAGGGUUUUUGAAGCUUGGCCUGGAGCGUGUCCAUAGUGUGGCGAUCCUUGGAUUCAACUCCCCAGAGUGGUUCAUCUCUGCUGUGGGCACUGUCUUUGCUGGGGGCAUCCUCACAGGAAUCUACACAACCAGCUCCCCCGAGGCUUGCCAAUACAUUGCCCAUGACUGUAAGGCCAAUGUCAUCCUGGUGGAUACCCAGAAGCAACUGGAGAAGAUACUGAAGAUCUGGAAGAACCUACCAUCCUUGAAGGCUGUGGUGAUGUAUAGAGAGACCCCAGUGGAGAGAAUUCCAAAUGUAUAUACGAUGGAAGAGUUCCUAGAGAUCGGGAAUGAGGUUCCCGACGCCACCCUGGAUGACAUUCUCAGCUCCCAAAAACCCAACCAGUGCUGUGUGCUCGUCUACACAUCUGGCACCACAGGCAAUCCCAAGGGCGUGAUGCUGAGUCAGGACAAUAUCACUUGGACAGCCAAGUUCGGCAGCCGAGCUGGGGACAUCCAGCCGGCUGAGAUUCAGCAGGAGGUCGUGGUGAGCUACCUGCCCCUCAGCCACAUUGCUGCUCAGAUGUAUGACCUUUGGACAGGGAUCCAGUGGGGGGCCAACAUCUGCUUUGCUGAGCCUGACGCCCUAAAGACGAGCUUAGUGACUACACUGAGGGAGGUGGAACCCACUGCCCACAUGGGCGUGCCCAGGGUGUGGGAGAAGAUAAUGGAAGGGAUCAAGGGAGCAUCGGCUCAGGCUGGAUUCUUCAAGCGGAAGAUGUUCCUGUGGGCAAUGGCUGUGACCAUGGAACGAAACCUCAGCUGCCCAAGCAGUGACCUGAAACCCUUCACCAUGAGACUGGCAGAUUACUUGGUCCUGACCAAGAUCCGCAAGGCCCUGGGGUUUGCCAACUGCCAGAAGAAUUUCUAUGGCGCGGCUCCGAUGACCACGGAGACCCUGCACUUCUUCCUGGGCCUCAACAUUCGCCUCUAUGCGGGCUAUGGGCUGAGUGAAUCCUCAGGGCCGCACUUCAUGUCCAACGCCUACAACUAUAGACUCUACAGCUCUGGGAAGGUAUUGCCAGGCUGCAAGGCAAAGCUGGUGAACGUAGAUGCUGAAGGCAAUGGGGAGGUCUGCCUGUGGGGCCGGACCGUCUUCAUGGGCUACCUCAACAUGGAGGAGAAGACAAGAGAGGCCAUAGAUGAGGACGGCUGGCUACACACAGGAGACAUGGGAAAACUGGACAACGAAGGCUUUCUCUACAUCACUGGGAGGCUCAAAGAGUUAAUCAUAACAGCCGGAGGGGAGAAUGUGCCCCCCCUCCCUAUUGAGGAGGCCGUGAAGAUGGAGCUCCCCAUCAUUAGCAACGCCAUGCUGAUUGGGGACCAGAGGAAGUUUUUGUCCAUGUUGCUGACCCUGAAGUGCACUCUAGAUCCAGAAACCUCAGACCCAACGGACUGUCUCACCGAACAAGCCCUGGAGUUCUGCCAGAAGGUGGGCAGCAAAGCCACCAAAGUGUCUGAGAUAGUGGGCAGAAAAGAUGAGGCCAUUUACCAGGCCAUUGAAGAAGGCAUCCAGAGAGUCAACGAGAAAGCUGCUGCCCAGCCUUACCGCAUUCAGAAGUGGGCCCUCCUGGAAAGGGAUUUUUCCAUUUCUGGGGGAGAGUUUGGUCCUACAAUGAAACUGAAGCGCUUAGCAGUUCUUGAAAAGUACAAAGAAGAAAUCGCAUCAUUUUACCAAGAACCAAACAAUUAAUCAGGGGCUCUUUUUCUAGAGUCUCUACUGAACAGAUCCUUUGAGUUCUCCUCUGAGAAUCAGAUUUUCUUAAAACAGGGGCACAAAAAGAAUUCCCCACAAAUCUGUUAGAACUCCAGGAAUGAUGUGGGGUCCCAAGGUAGCCACAGCUGUCAGACUGUACGUACCUCUGCAGCUGAAUACCACAAAGGGGCAAGCUUUCACUUGUAGAUACUUAGUUUGAAUUCUGUAUGAUUAUAUGCUACGCAUAACAAAUACACCCCCAUAACCCCUCCACCUUCCUGACAAUCUUCAGGCUUCUUGGCUCUAAUCUCUGUUACAUUUGAUGAGUUGCAAAUCAACAUAGCAGAUAGAGGGAAGGCAGGUUGUCUUGUGGAAGUGACUUAUGACUAACAUAUGGAAAGGCAGGGAGAGGAGACUUGCUUAACUGCCAAGUAGAACGGCUUUCCGUUUGCACUUGAUCUGAAAGUUCCAGUCACCAAGGACUGGUGUCACCAUGGUUAUGGUGCUUGCCUAUGACCUAGCACUUUAAUGAAGCCGCUGACAUCUCCUUCUUAAUGGUCAUAAUUAAAUAAACAUAUCAUUUGAAUACUAAACAAAGCUUUCAAGGGGACUAAUUGAGUGAGUUCACAGUUGGAGGAUAACAGCUAAUCUAGCUUUCCCAUCCUUCAUUCGGCAACUGUUUUUCUAAACCAAUUAUCAGCCAGACAGAACAUUAUUCAUUUUCAGAACUACUGAAAUUAGGGGGCAGCUAGAUGGUGCAGUGGAUAAAGCACUGGCCCUGGAUUGAGGAGGACCCGAGUUCAAAUCCAACCUCAGACACUUAACACUUACUAGCAGUGUGACACUUGGCAAGUCACUUAACCCCCAUUGCCCUACCAAAAAAACAACAAAACAAAACAAAAAAAGCCCUUCACAAGAACUACUGAAAUUGCAUUUUGCUUGGAUAUGUGAAAAACCUUGGGAAAAGUACAUAACUUUCAAAGCACAUGGAGAAAAACAGUAAUGGCCUUCGCUGCCCACUCUUUAAGCAAUACAGGUAACCAGUGUAGAACAUAUAAAUAAAGAGAAUACAUAAAAAGUGUGGUUCAGUUA